AUGCAGGUCAGUGACCGUCGUCUAGAACAGAUUAGGUUGUCUACAGAAUCAGACCCCCAGUUUCAAACCUUAACCAAAUUUAUUUUGGAAGGUUGGCCAGACUUCAGAGAUUGCCCAGACCCCAUUAAGGAAUACUGGAACUUCCGCGAUGAAUUGUCAGUAGAGAAUGGGCUCAUUAUGAAGGGUCUUAGAAUAGUAAUUCCCCAUGACCUCAGGACAGAGCUCUUAAAAAUAUUACAUGUGGGUCACACUGGUGUUGAAAAAACCCUGAGACGAAAUAUAUAUAUUACAGACCUAAUACUGAACUGUAACGUUUGUUUAGAAUUUAGGAAUUCCAACUCUAAGGAACCUUUGCAAUCUCAUGAAAUUCCCCCAUUCCCCUGGCAGACAAUUGCCUCGGAUCUCUUCCUAUGGGAUGACAAGGAAUAUGUUCUGUUUGUUGACUACUAUAAUAGGUAUUUUGAAAUUUUCAGGCUAACCAAUACUCAUAGUUCCACUAUCAUCUCAAAGUGCAAAGAAGUCUUUGCAAGGUAUGGUAUACCUGAAAAAUUUGUUUCGGACAAUGGUCCACAGUAUUCCAGUUAUGAAUUUGCUGAUUUUUCCAAAGAGUGGAACUUUCAGCAUGUCACUUCAAGCCCUAGGUACCCUAGAUCUAACGGUCUUGCUGAAAGGACAGUACAAACCAUUAAGGGCAUUCUUACUAAGUGUAAGGCUGACCGACAAGACAUUAAUUUGGCCCUUCUGACAUAUAGGACUACUCCCUUGGACAUAGGACUUUCCCCAUCACAACUGUUAAUGUCCAGAAGACUUAGGUCAAACAUCCCUAUUGUUCAGGAAAGCCUUAAGCCCUUUUAUCAUGACACAGACAAGAUUAGGGUAAAGUUACAAGUCAGUCAUGACAAGUCAAAGGUCUACCAUGAUAGAUCAGCUCGACCUCUUAAGCCUCUCAACUCGGGUGAUUCAAGGCGCAAUAGGAGAUUUCUCCAUAAAACAAAUGAGGCUCCCCAGCCAGAAGAGCUUGCUCUCCCCCAGUAUGAUGUUUUCAAACAUGAGCCUGUGCCAGAUGAUACCCCUAAUGUGAAUUCUGGUAAUGAUGUGCAACCUGGAGAAAUUCUUGACAUAGGUAACUCACCUAAGGCCCCAGAGCAAUCAAAACCAUAUGUUACUAGGUCUGGAAGAGUUGUAAAACCAAAAAUCAUUCCUUCUAUGUAA